GAAACCAUGUCGUUUAGGAUGGAAUAGAGAAGGAAGCCUAUCCAGUAUCCAUAUCUGUGAAAACUGAAAACGCUCUCUCACACUCGCUCAUAUCUACUCAGUCCAUGGCAAUGGCAAUGGCAGCAGCGUCUCUUCCUUGCCCUUCUUCUCCAUUCAAGGGAAACUUGACGAGAUUGAAGCCAAAGACAUGCAACUUCACUUGUCUUACACUCCAUUCUAAGAACAAAAGACCAUCGGUGGUAGUCAAUCAAGCAGCAGCACCUUCUGUGGUUACUACAUCUUCAGGAGCGAGGCUCAGGCUGGACAAUCUGGGCCCACAACCAGGGUCUAGAAAGAAAGGGAAGAGAAAGGGAAGAGGUAUCUCUGCAGGACAAGGGAACAGUUGUGGGUUUGGUAUGAGAGGUCAGAAAUCUCGGUCUGGUCCUGGUGUUCGAAAAGGGUUUGAGGGUGGACAAAUGCCUCUUUACCGCCGUAUCCCUAAAUUGCGUGGAAUUGCUGGAGGUAUGCAUGCGGGUUUGCCAAAAUAUGUCCCUGUGAACUUGAAAGACAUAGCAUCAGCAGGAUUCCAAGAGGGAGCGGAGGUAUCACUAGAGACUUUGAAGGAGAAAGGCUUGAUCAACCCAUCAGGAAGAGAAAGGAGACUCCCUUUGAAGGUUCUGGGUGAUGGAGAGCUAAGUGUCAAGCUGAACAUUAAAGCUCGUGCCUUUUCAGCAGCAGCCAAGGAGAAGCUUGAGGCUGCUGGAUGCUCUCUUACUGUAUUACCUGGCCGAAAGAAGUGGGUGAAACCAUCAGUUGCUAAGAACCUUGCUCGUGCUGAAGAAUACUUUGCUAAGAAACGAGCUGCAGCCAUUGAGUCUGAACCGUCCUCGGCUUAAAUCAUUUGUGCUUGAUAUAUCAUUAAGAGGUGUAAAUUAGCAGGCGGGGAAGUAGAUUUUCCUGUUGUUUAGGUGUCUUUGGGCUCUAUGGUUGUAAUUUCUUGCAUUCACAUCUUUUAUUCAUUUAUCUAAUGCCUUUCUGUAAUUUGGUUAAAAA